AUGGCGGCCCCGAAGGAAGCAGCGGCCGGGCCGUUGGUGGGCGCCGUGGUCCAGGGCACCAACUCCACUCGCUUCCUGGUUUUCCAUUCGAAAACGGCCGAACUGCUCGGCCAUCACCAAGUGGAAGUGACGCAAGAGUUCCCCAGAGAAGGGUGGGUGGAGCAGGACCCGAAGGAGAUCCUGCAGGCCGUGUACGAGUGCAUCGCCCGGACGUGCGAGAAGCUCCGCCAGCUGCACGUGGACGCGUCCCGCAUCAAAGCCGUGGGCGUCAGCAACCAGCGGGAGACCACGGUGGUGUGGGACCGGCUGAGCGGGGAGCCGCUCUACAACGCCGUCGUGUGGCUCGACCUGAGGACGCAGGCGACGGUGGAGAGUCUGAGCAGGAGGAUCCCGGGCAACAACAACUUCGUCAGGUCCAAGACGGGCCUGCCGCUGAGCACCUACUUCAGCGCCGUGAAGCUGCGCUGGAUGCUCGACAACGUGGCGGCGGUGCGGAGGGCCGUGGAGGAGGGCCGGGCCCUCUUCGGCACCCUGGACUCGUGGCUCAUCUGGAGCCUGACGGGCGGCGUGCAGGGCGGCGUGCACGGCACGGACGUCACCAACGCCAGCAGGACGAUGCUUUUCAACAUCCACUCGCUGCAGUGGGACCGGGAGCUCUGCGACUUCUUCGAGGUCCCCAUGGACAUGCUUCCGGACGUCUGGAGCUCUUCUCAGAUCUACGGGCGCAUACGAGCGGGGGCCCUGGAAGGCGUGCCCAUAUCCGGGUGUCUGGGGGACCAGUCUGCUGCGCUGGUGGGACAGAUGUGCUUCCAGGAAGGACAGGCCAAAAACACGUACGGGACGGGCUGCUUCCUGCUGUGCAACACGGGUCGUAAGUGUGUGUUCUCUGAACACGGGCUCCUGACCACAGUGGCUUACAAGCUAGGCAGGGACAAGCCCGUCCAUUACGCACUGGAAGGUUCUGUGGCCAUAGCUGGUGGCGUCAUUCGUUGGCUCAGAGACAACCUUGGCAUCCUAGAGACCUCGGAGGACAUCGAAAAACUUGCAGACGAAGUAGGUACUUCCUACGGCUGCUACUUCGUCCCAGCUUUUUCAGGGCUGUACGCGCCUCAUUGGGAGCCCAGUGCAAGAGGGAUCCUCUGUGGCCUCACUCAGUUUACCAAUAAAUGUCAUAUCGCUUAUGCCGCACUGGAAGCUGUCUGUUUCCAGACGCGAGAAAUUUUGGAGGCCAUGAACCGUGACUGUGGAAUGCCACUUCGUCAUUUGCAGGUGGACGGAGCGAUGACCGCUAACCACGUUCUGAUGCAGCUCCAAGCAGAUAUUCUGCAUAUCCCCGUGAUAAAGUCCCCCAUGUCCGAAACCACUGCGCUGGGAGCUGCCAUGGCAGCAGGAGCUGCAGAAGGAGUCGGCGUCUGGAGUCUCGAACCCGAGGAUUUGACAGUCGUCAGGAUGGAACGGUUUGAACCACAGAUCCAGGCCAAAGAAAGUGAAGUUCGUUUUUCUACGUGGAAGAAAGCCGUGCUGAAGUCGAUGGGUUCUGUUCCGUCUCAGUCUACGGAAAGUGGUGACCCUAGUAUCUUCUCCAGUCUGCCUUUGGGUUUUUUUAUAGUGAGUAGCAUGAUAAUGUUAAUUGGAGCAAGAUACAUCUCGGGUGUACCAUAA